AUGAAGGAUGAUAAGUCUUUGUCUGCUUAUCUUACAAAAUUGUUUGAUCUGAUAAAUCAAAUGAGAAGUUAUGGAGAAGAGUUAUCUAGAGAAAGAAUUGUGCAGAAAAUGUUGAUUAGUUUACCCUCAGUGUAUGAUCCUAUAUGCUCUGUAAUUGAACACUCAAGGGAUAUAGAUGUGAUUGAGGUCCAAGAGGUGGUUGCCUCGUUGAAAAGUUUUGCACGGAGAUUGGAGAGACAUAGUGAGAAUAAGACUGAGAAAGCAUUUGCAAGACAUAUUGCAAGAGACUGCAACAAUAAGAAAAAUGUUCAGCAGUUAAAUUAUGCAACUCAGGUUCCAACCAUGUUCUAUGUUAAUAAUGCAAUUAAUAAAAAGCCCAUGGAAGAUGUAUGGUAUGUGGAUAGCGGCUGCAGUAAUCAUAUGACUGGCAGAGAGGAUGUGUUAGUUGAUGUUGAUAGAAGCAUAACUGUAAAAGUAGAAAUGGGGACAGGACAAUUGGUUGAUGUUGUUGGAAAAGGUAGUUUGGUGGUUAACACUAAGAUGGGAAGGAGGACAGAUGAUGGAGCAUGGAUAUAUUUUCUGAUUUUUGGAGAUAAUAAGGUUGAAAUUUAUGAUGACUGUUCUUUAUCAACUCUGAUUGCUAAGGUGCAAAUGAAAGGAAAUAGAAGUUUUCCUUUGAAACUUCAAACAGGAUUGCAGUUUGCUUUAAGAGCAAGUGUGGGUCAAUCAACCUUAAUCUGGCAUAGGAGAAUGGGACAUUUUAAUCUUAACAGCUUGAAGCUUUUACAGGGAGAAAGAGAUGGUGUUUGGACUGCCGGAAAUAAAAAAACAUCAAUGAAGUGA